ACAGCUUAAUAACAUCAUUUCUUCAUAACAGUUUUAAUAUAAAAAAAAUAUGAGUUCUGGAAAAUUUAUUUACUCAUUAAGGAACAGUUUAUGUAAUGUAAAAAGACUGUUAACAACAAAAGAACAUAACUAUGUUAAAUCCAAUCUUAUUAUUCAAUCUUUACGAAGAGUAUCUAAUUCUUCUAUAUACAAAAACAAAAAAGAAAACACCUUUACGCAGGAAGAUGGUGUCCAAUAUACACAUUUUGGAUAUGAAAAAGUUGCAGAAAACAUUAAAUCUGAAAAAGUUCAUGAUGUAUUUAAAAAUGUUGCUGAUUCAUACGACCUUAUGAACGAUUUGAUGAGCGCAGGAACUCAUAGGUUAUGGAAAGAAUAUUUUGUUAAGUGUUUGAAUCUUAAAUCUGGCAUGAAAAUCUUGGAUAUGGCAGGAGGCACAGGGGAUAUAGCAUUUAAAAUGUUGGAUCAUGCUCCAUCUUCAGAACCUACUAUUGAUAUUGUUAUAAGUGAUAUAAAUCAAGCAAUGUUAGAUGUUGGAAAGAAGCGUGCAUGUAAGUUAGGAAUUGCAGAAGAGUUCAAGUGGGUUUGUGCUGAUGCUGAAUCUUUACCUUUUGAAGAUGAGUCAUUUGAUUUAUAUACAAUUGCAUUUGGUAUACGAAACACAACACAUAUUGAUAAGGUUUUAGAUGAGGCAUAUCGUGUUUUAAAACCUGGUGGAAGAUUUUCCUGUUUAGAAUUUUCUAAUGUAUCUAACCCUUUAAUUCGAAGCAUAUAUGACACUUAUUCAUUCCAAGUAAUACCAGUAAUGGGGGAAUUGUUUGCUUCAGAUUGGAAAUCUUAUCAAUACCUAGUGGAAAGCAUAAGACAGUUUCCUGAUCAGGAAGCAUUUUCCAAUUUGAUAUACAACGCUGGUUUUAGUAACGUCACGUAUCACAAUUUAACUUUUGGUGUUGUUUCAAUUCAUGAUGGUUUUAAACUUUAAAAUUUGAAAUCGUUAUUAUUUAUUUUAAAUAUAUAAAAAAUAUAUUUUCUA